GGACUGUGGCCUACUACAGCUUUUUUCCAAUAUGGCGGCUGAUACAUCGGUACAAAGGAAGAUCUUACAGAUCGCAGUUUGUGCGUUAUGUAGGGAGCAAGGCUUCGCCUCUACAUCCAGAAUGGCGAUGGAAACGAUGACUGAAAUGCUUCAGAGCUAUUUGUCAGAGCUUGCACGCAGUGCUAAGACAUAUUGUGAGCUAUCCUCUCGAGUUAGGCCAACUCUUGGAGACGUUAGGAUGGCUUUGAUUGAUAUGGGUGCUGACUUGGACUCCAUUCCUGUUUAUGCCAAGCGGACUCACCGGCUUCAUGUCAAUAACCCAUUGAAAUCACGUGUUCCCCCUGCUCCAAAAGCGCUUGAGACGGGACCAAAAGAGCCAUGUCCACCGUAUAUCCCUCCUCAUCUUCCGUCCUUCCCAGAUCCACACUCAUACGUCAAAACACCGACCACUAGACAAGCAAGUGAGGAGUAUAAAGCUGUAAGGGAAAGAUAUGCAAGUCAACGAAAAGACAUUGAACAAGGACUAGCAAGAUUUCUUGCCAAGACAGCAGAGCACAAAUCAGGUGUUUGCGAAGGAUUGGAUACAGACUCAUCAUUCCUCUUAAUAAUGAACUUUCCACCCCACCACUCAUAUCUACCCGCCCUUCUGAAUGAGGAGAGAACAGAAGAUGGAAAUUCCAUUGAGAAAAAUGCACUGAAACAAGACGUUAAAGCUGCUGCUACUGGCAGUUCUGAAAUUGCAGAUAAUCCAUUUAUGAGACCUGCUAAAAGACCGAGAAAAUCUUUCAAGAGCAGUUAACAGUGACUAUGUACUUCUACUAUGAAAGUCCUCAUACGAAGUCCUCAACAGGGGCCGGUUGCACAAAGCUUGGAUAAGUCUUAUCCACCGGUUAAAUCCUUAUCCAGCGGUUAAAACUUAUCCGAGUGGCGUGAGUCGGUUGCACAAAGCUCGAAUAAAAGUUAAGUUAUCCAGCGGAUAAAGUUAUCCGGAUGAUAGAGGUCGGAUAAAGUCUUAUCCAUCGAAUGAAUGUAACGAAAAAAAAAUGGCGUCUUGCUUUCUAAUUUAUUGUUAGAAUUUAGAUUAAUUUCAGACACAGUGCAAGUUGAAACACAUGCAAACGACGAAUUUUACACUUGGUAAAUUCACAUUGAAAUAUCCAGACUUUUAUUCACGCUUUGUGCAACGCUAUUUUAUCCGCCGGAUUACUAUCUACUGGAUAGGGAUUUUAUUCGGCGAUUAGCGCCUAUCCGGCGGAUAACUUGUCCAGGCUUUGUGCAACCGGCCCCAGGUGGAGAAGGAUUGGUCCCACUGUUAUCUGACAAGAAAACAGGACGGAAUCAAGGACAUCAUACAGUGCUCUUGGUCAACUUGGAGAAUCCAUGUGUCGUAACUCGCAGUGCUCUAAGGGUAUGAGAUGAAUAGGCAAAUAAGCAUAAACGUUUAGAAUGUUAUAGCAUUUCACACAAGGGCCGCAACACAUGGAUUCCUGAAGGCUAUCUUUUUUGGAAUAGGUGUAUACGAAUCACUUUUAUAUGCGAGAGAAUUUUAUGGAGAUUAUCAAAAGAAGGUACCUAGAAGUAAAUGUCUUAUAAGAUCAGGCGAGUUCUACUGUAUGGGCCUCUAUAGAUGAUAUAUGUUCUUUUUUGUGACUACCAGGGAUAUAUUCUCAUUAUUACCGUAAAAAAACAAUGUUCUUGGGUAGAGGAUUUUUCCUAUGUUGUGUCUGGCACCCUUUGAAGGCAGUUUUAGAGGAAUAGUUAAAGUGCUUUUACAUAAAAUAAAAACAUUUCCAUAUCAUAAGUAUAUAUAAGUAUUACGCUAAGAAAAGAAAGUGUGCCCUUCCUCUCAUAAUAAUUCACCAUGUUAACAGGAAA